AUGAUGUAAUUAUUUCAUUUCUUUAUACUUAAACAGUUCAAAUGUCAAGUCCUAAGCUUCGUAUGAUUACAGUAUUUGUCAUCAAUAUAAAGUUAAACUUAUUAUGCUGAUGUCAUCAUGUGCAAUGAUUGGCAUCAUUGCGUUUUCUAACUAAUUUGCAUGGUUAUAUAUUUUAUUUAAGCGUGUGGAAUAUUUUACAGAUUGUAGGGAAUUGUAAUUGCAAACUUUUCAUUUUAAUCUUGAGGCAAAGCAUGAAUUUUCCUUGUGUAUUCAUUCAUGUAUAUUUGUGAUUUAUUUACACAGACAUUCGCCAACUCUGUUUUCAAAGGUGCCAAAUUUUCUUGUGAUCGUUUUCGCCAUGCAUUGUUGAGAGACUUGCGGAAUAUGGAUGUUCAACAGCUGUAUCUUCAUCUAGGCUCAAAUGACAUUCUUACGAAUGAAGCGGUGUUUUACCGAGAUGUAGCUGACUUGUGCGAUUUGGUGCAUCAGGAGGCGCACAAUCGGUGUCCAGAAUGCAGGGUUGUUUGCUCCAACGAAGACGCUUUGCUGAGCCACUUCUGCAGUCGCCACAUCAAGCAACCAGAGACUGGAAAAGAGAGUAAAAUUAAGCUGAUAGGCUCACCAAUGAUUGCAUCUGCUAAUCAUGAACUCAACGAAGUCAGCUCAAGGAAGUGGAAGGCAUGCUUGGAAAAUAGAAGUUUCCAUUAUGAAGGAACAUACAAACAUUUCCCACCCACCAUGUGGAUCAAGAUGUUUGGGCUGAUGAUUCUGGGUCGUAUGUGUGGACAAGGUGGUCUUCAUUACAUCAUGAUGCAGCUGUGUAUUCAACAACAUGUUAACCUGUCCCAGCGGAUGUUGAUGCUCUUAAAUCUCUUAAAUGAUGUUGAGAAAAAUCCAGGACCGGAGUAUUCGUGCAAAUGGAUAUCCUGCAAGGAAGACUUCCACUCCAUAGGACAGCAAGAUGCACAUAUCAUCUCUCAUGUGGUUCAAGAGAAAUGCUGUAGAUGGGGAGACUGUACCAAAGUCCUGAGCUUUAAUAGUCUUGAAAACCAUGAACUUAAACAUCUCUAUGAUGUGAGUUUAGAACUGUGUAUGAACUGGUGUUGCUUCAUUUUCUGCAUAUCUUUAUCUCAGUCUUCUCUAGUUUUGAUGGUCAAAUACAUAUUGUCUGCCAGUUUUUUUCCCCCAAUACUGCCGUUCAUCGUUUGCUUGCAUCAAGAGUUUUAAAAGAAAUUAAAACUCAUUUGUUUAGUUAGAAUCUUAUGAAAGACUUAAAUGGCCAUGUUUAAUACAAUUGUAUAACAACAUAUAUGAGCUAAAAAAAUAGUUGGAAUAAUUAAUGUUUAUAUGAACAUAACAAAUUUACUUAAAAUCAUAGGUCUUGUUUUUGUCUGCCACUAUAAGAACCAGAACAUAUUUCGGACAUUCGAGGAUUGACUUGCUGUGUUAGAGGAUCAUCAGGUGAUGGAAGAAACCAGGCUUUUUUCGACUCAAUGUUGAUGAAACCUGAUCGACAUGCUCAUCUUGGUUGAGUAAGCCUGGGUUGAGUGUUUCCAAAAAGUAGGUAACCUGGUGAAAUCUUAGGAAAACAUUGUAACCAGAUCCAGGUUUAUUUGACUGACAGACCGAUGGACAGUGGGUCAACCGUAAAUCCCUUCAUGUGAAAACGGUAGGGACAAAAUAAAUAUCACAUUGCUCUUCUGAGUUCAUUUGAAAACCAAGUUUUAUCACAAAAUUAAAAUGGUCAAUGUAUUAUUUUGUGUAUUUAAAAAUUAUGUGAAUAUUAAGUUUCAUGAAAUCUUACUGAGUUUUCUCAAUUUUAGCUACUAUUCGGACAUGGACUGACGGACAAAUGGGCAACAAUGUCGCAAUUUGUAUACCAAGUUUUAUAAGAAUUGUUUCAUAAAAGUAACCAAUGUGUCUGUUCUAUGUCAAGGUAACUACUAGGAUGAAAUACACAAAAAGAUUUU